AGAAACACACAUUUGUUGACGAUAAAUACGUCAUGUUUAAUACUAUACAUUCGCAACAGAGCGAUCGCGGGCCACUGGUCGUCGUCGUGCCGAUCAGUCAGUGGUGUGGUUAUACCUAAUAUCGUUGUCGCGCGUGUCACGCUAUACAGGCGAGCGUUACUUGUGCGAACAAGACCGCGUCCGUUUUAUCGUUCGUAACACUGAAUACACGCGACUACACGUUCCGAUAUACGGGCGGGCUCGUGUCGAAACCGUUUGAACGACGACAACAAAACAGCAAUUAGACAAUAAAUUUUGAUCGCGUAACCUCUGUUGCAAUUAUUGUUAUAAUAUUAUUAUUGUUUUCGAACCGAAUUGUUGACGUUCUCGGUGCGCAUGCGCGUACAUGAUAACGCGGAGAACAACACACGCACACACGCACAUACGCACACGGACCGGCCAGCCGCAAACUCGCCGGUACACGGAGACCACUUUUGGAACCACUAUCGUUUUCGAAAACUCGACGCAUGAUUGUUAUUUCGGUGUUUUCCUUUGUUCGCCCGAGUCGUGUCACCGUUGCCGUGCAUUUUCUCGCCGCGGUGCGCCCACGGCCGUUCGACGCGCCGAUUUGCUGCACACCGUUGUCGUCCGUUCGCGUGCCACCCGCCGUCCCGUACGAUUCGCGGACACCGACCCCGUAGCCGGUAUCGCCCGAGACCCACGCUGCCGUUGCUACCAUCGCGCUCUCACCGUCCGCGAGACACCGUCCCCGGGUACUCGACGCGUGCGAAAAUCCCUCGCUCACCCGCGCAGUUUCUCCGGAUUCCGUGCUCCGUCCGUCUCGUCGUAUCACGCCGUCACCGUUACGUAGUUGCCGCGGCUGCUCCGACAUCGUUCUCAGAUGACCGUCUGUUGAUCAGCUCGCCGACUGCUGUUACUGAAUAUCCAAUGCCUUAAGACUGAACCCAGUUGUACAUCCAGAUCGAAGGCUGAUUGCCGUCGCCGUUUUUUGUUACUGAUAAUGUCCACUACCCCUACUCCUCGGAGUCCUAACAAUUCUGGCCGCCGAAGUGUGACAGCAACAUUGCCUGUGGUUGCUCCUGUGCAGUCCAAUCCUCCGUCAUCACCCACCAUUGGUGGUGAAACCGCCAAGGAAGUGAAACCUAAUCCAAAGAUGUCCAAAGCUCUUAGUACUUCAACCAAGAGGAUUCAAAAAGAACUAGCCGAAAUUACAUUGGAUCCUCCACCAAAUUGCAGUGCUGGACCAAAAGGAGAUAAUGUAUAUGAAUGGGUCAGCACGAUUUUAGGUCCUCCAGGUUCAGUAUAUGAAGGAGGCGUAUUCUUCUUAGACAUUCAUUUUACUCCUGAAUAUCCAUUCAAACCUCCUAAAGUAACAUUUAGGACUCGCAUUUAUCAUUGCAAUAUUAACUCACAGGGAGUAAUUUGUUUGGAUAUAUUAAAAGAUAAUUGGUCUCCUGCAUUGACCAUCUCAAAGGUGCUUUUAUCAAUUUGUUCUCUACUGACUGAUUGUAAUCCGGCGGAUCCCCUAGUCGGUAGUAUUGCUACUCAGUAUAUACAAAAUCGUGACGAACAUGAUAGAAUCGCUAGGUUAUGGACGAAACGGUAUGCUACAUGAUUCAUCAACAAUGAAAAAAAAAUAAAAAAAUAUACAUGCGAAAAAUCCUAAUUCCGUUUAUUAUUAAUGGGUAUUAGCAUGAUACAAUUUUGAUUUUAUUAUUAUUUUAUAGUUGACAUAUUUAAGACCUGAAUAUGAGUCAGUUCCUACAUUUUUCAUAAUUUUUUCUUUAUUUUUCAUGGAACAGUGAUAUUCUAUUAAUUAACAAUUUCAAUGUGUAAAAUAGAUAUAUAAUAUUAUGUUCAUGAUCAAACUGCACAACACUAAAGCCACAAUAACUUUAAAACGUUUUUUAGUUGUCAUGUUUUAGGGUAUUGUUCUUCAAUAUUCUGUAUUUACUCACCGAAAUGACUUAAUAUUAUAUAUGUAUUUUUUUUUAUUUUUUUAUAUAUAAAUAAUUUAAUGGAAACU